GGAGAUGCAUAUAAGAGCCCGACGAGCGGGGAUGAUGCUAUCAGUGAUCUCGUGCUCUCCGGCGGAAACACAGCAGCGCAGUCGGGUAGACGGGAAACUCAUCAUGUCGAAGGAAUUCCAGAUAGCCAGUCUGGUGUGCGCGAUGAUCGCGCGAUGCAGCGCAGUCGUCAUCAGCGGCUACAACGGGGGGCAGCAGCCUUACGCGGGCUACGCGAGCCUCGACGGAUACGUGACCAGUGGAUACGGCGAUUACGAGGGCCACGCAGCCGCGCUGCCCACGGUCGACCUUCCCCUGCACGCUGUCUCUGCUGCGCCCCUGCCGGCCGUCCGCGCCUCCUUGCACGGCUAUGGGCACGGGCGGCAGGGGCGGCAGGGGCGGCACGGGCCCGAGGACUACGAAGACGAGCACGAUUACUACGCGCAUCCGAAGUACACCUUCAAUUAUGGCGUGCACGACCCGCACACCGGCGACGUAAAGACGCAACACGAAAUCCGCGACGGCGACGUCGUCCACGGGUCCUACAGCGUGAACGAGCCUGACGGGAGCGUCCGCAUCGUCGAGUACACAGCCGACGACCACAACGGGUUCAACGCCGUCGUCAAGAAGGUUGGACCAGCCGCCCAUCCGGCGGCUGCUGCGAUUGCGCCUACGAAAUACGUUGUACCUGCGUCCCCCUAUUACGGCUACGACAACCAUUACUAGAUGCUUCUAGAAACUUCAUGACAAUCAAAUGUGUUCUUUGAUGUAUUAAGUAUUUAAGGUCGUUAAAUAAAAACUUUCUUUUCGAUUUUU